AUGGCGUAUUUCCGCAUCACGCUGAUGCGCUCUGGCAUCGGCAUGCCCGCCAAGACGCAAGGCGUGCUCAAAGCCCUCGGCCUGCGCAAACGCACGACGACCGUUUACUACCCGGUUUCGCAAGCCGUGGCCGGCCAGAUCAUGCGCAUAAAGGAACUCGUCGAUGUAAAGGAGGUCGAGCGACCGGUGACUAAGGAGCAGAUGCGCGUGGCGAGGAAGCCGGACCCGGGCUACUAUGUUGAGCAGAGGGCGGGCGAGGCUAUGAAGGCUUAUGAAUAG